UAAGGCAGCUGUUUAACGAAGCGCUUGUAAAAAAAAAAAUGACGGAACCCUAAUUGUCCCCGGAGAACGUCUGAGAGGGGGGUUUAUAAACGAAGUUGAGCACAGUUUGUCCCUCUUAUUAUCAGCAACCGGCCGGACUCUGGGAAUGACAUUUGUUGCCACUUACAGGAUGGAGUGGCUGUUCCCGCGGUGCCAUAAAGAGGCUGCCUUCUACUCUGUAUGUCGCUCUGUGCUGCUCAUGUUAUGUUUGCUCCUGGUCCUGUCUGUGUCCAUGUACCCUGGGUUGUGGUCCAUUGGGGUCCAACUUCAUUCAGCCCUCACGGGGAGCUACGUACCAGGCCACCACUCUGUCCUUCUCAUCAACAGUCCCAAUGAACAGGCAGCCAAGGACAUUGGCAGGGCAAUCAUGGAGAGGCGGCUGGCAGCCAGUAUUAACAUUCUCUCCAGGACCUCCACAAUGUACUACUGGAAAGGGGAAAUCCAGGAUGCAAGUGAAAUUCUCAUGCUGGUGAAAACAAAGACCUCGAGGAUCCAGCAACUCAUAGACUGUGUGAGGUUCUUCCACCCUUAUGCAAACCCAGAAGUCCUCAGCUUCCCGGUGGAGGACGGCAGUCUGGCUUACAUGAAGUGGAUGGAUGAAGCAAUUCCAGAUGACUGAUACAUCAUUAAAAUCAAAGCCAAUCUCUGUAUGGACAGCAGCCGAACAAGGAAGCUGAGCCAUGUUCACAGGCUGUUGUUUGAAGGCUUUGGAUUGAAGGGUACCGCUAUGAUGUUCUCAGUUAACUCUCACUCGUAAAACUGAACUAGCAUGGCUUAAACUGACCGUGAACAAAGUUUUAAAAAUGGAUGACAAUUUAAACAGCCUGUCGUAGAGUAAGUAUGAGUGAGAGUCCAAAAUUUACAAAAUGAUAGACAAAAUGGAGGAAUCACCUCUCUGUCUGAUGUAUUAUUUGCCCACACCUCAUUUUAUACAUUGUUUCAACACUUAUACAGAUAACACUUACCUUUAAUAGCAAUGAACUUUGAGUAUUUUGCGUUUGAUGAAACAUGCUCUCUUGUCCUGCUUUUUUAAUGUAUUCAUUUAAGAUUAUCACUCUUAGGUAGCCAUUAAGGUUUGCCUUUAAGGCAUGUUUAACAUAGUAAUAGUUUGUGCUGGAACAUAUGGUACAUCACAUGGUAUACUGUAGCCAUGUACUGCUUGUCCUUGAACAUAUCAUUACCUAUACUGUAACAUAUCCUUUUACUAUAUUUAUUGUUAUGAAUUCAAAAGUCAAACGAUUUUGUAAAGCUGUGAUCAAAGACAAGUAAGCCUUCCAAGAGAAACCUGAUCAGCACCUACAGUUCAAUAGGUUAUUGAUCUGUCAGGCUGUAGAAGAUUUCCUUUAUUGAAGCAAAAGACGCAGUAAGCGACACAUAACUGUUGGCCUUGUGUGCUGUAUGUAUGUUUAAUUACAAGGGCAUCACUGCUGAAUCUUAGUGCUGGUCUGCUCCAGGUUAGCUCAGCUUGUACCAAUAAAACAUUUACUGCUACCUUGUAUAACCUCAAAUAAAGCUACACAGAGUUGCUGAGAAUAAAUUAACAAACAGAUAUGAAUGAUAGCAUUUGGCAGCAUUGUGCAAGUUGACCCGGUUUCCCACUUGUAUUUCUAAUCACUUAAUUCUAAUCUGUUGUGAUCUCCGCAGGAGUAGUCUUGCAAAAAUAAAUCUUUAAUUGGAUAAUGAAAACAAACUAAUUUGUUAAUCAGCUCACACUUGCACAUCUUGAGAGCAUCACAAGUCUUAUUAUCUGAUACCAGGAGAUGUGGUACAUGACCACAGAGAUGGCACAUACAUUUUGUUGAAUUCUAUUAUGCCUGUACAUUUUCUGUUAUUUAAAUUUCAAAAGGAACUUCAAUAUUCUAAAAUACAACAGAUCUGCCAGUUAUACCAUGCCAUAUUUGUUGUUAUACAGGUCAGCCAUGCAUGCUUACCUCUAACAAAAAUACACACUAAGCCUCAGUCUGCAGAAAGCAGUUCCGGCAUGAGGCCCCAACAAAGGAACUGCAGACAUGGUUUAGUCGGGUGUUGUGUCUAUGGAGCCAAAAUAAUCCUCCCGAUCAAGUCCAGAGACCAGGUCAUUUGGUGGCAGUGUGUGUGUGUGUGUGUGUGUGUGUGUGUUGCGGGGGGGGUCUUUUGCUUCAAUGCUUAUGUAUCUAUUCACAUCAAUGUGUAUGUACAGGAUGUGUGUACAAGCCAUGUUUAAAUAUGCCAUACAUACUUAAAGGUACUUGCGUGCCUUUGUAAGUAGCUAUGACCAACUGGUGAACAAUGACAUGUAAAAUAAAU